AAUAGGAUCAGUGUUCUUCCGGCAGGCUAAAAUGGCAGCAGUUAGCUGAGGGGGCUAUGUCGUAGUUUUCGUUCGAACAGCUUCUUUCGCUGGAGAAUAAUGGAUCAGAAGAAGCCGCCGUUUCCGAUGCUAAACCUGCCACCUCACUGCCGUUUCGUUAGCGCAGUCGAGAAGCACCCCUACCCGCUACGCGUCUUUGCCGCGCCAUGCACGUAGAAGCGAGCGCUGCUCGUCGCCUCCCUGCACUAGUGCGCGUCAACAGCAGUCUGCUCCGAUAGACGAUCUCCCGACGGGAUGGGCGGCAAACAGAGCACGACUACGUCUAACCCGCGCGUCUCGGCGGGCUCCGGUGAUACGACAGGAGCAACGGCGGCGGCAACCGCCGCUGCAGGCGGAGGACUGUCUUCCCUGCUCGCAGGCGCCCACCACUCCUCCAGCAGCACGGAUGCCAGGCUUCGGGCGCGCAGCCUGUCGAGCGUGCUGAACCUGCACCCGGGCCAGCCCCUGAGCAUUCCGGCGUCACAGAGUGGCUUCGGAACGCCCGAGUCGCCGCCAGAGUCCGGCUCAAGCACUCCGGACAGCACGCCUUUCGGCCGUGUCUUCGCAGCGCACUCGCUGCCCGUGCAGCUGGUCUCCUUCAACGGUAUCAAGUGCCCUGUCUGUUCAAAGUUUGUUCUACCUGAUGAUGUGGAGUGUCACCUUGUCAUGUGCUUGACAAAACCAAGGAUCAGCUACAAUGAUGAUGUGCUCACGGAAGACAAAGGCGAGUGCGUCAUUUGUCUGGAGGAGCUUAAUCGGGGGGACACCAUCGCUAGACUACCUUGCCUCUGCAUAUACCACAAAAGCUGCAUUGAUGCCUGGUUUGAAGUGAACCGCUCCUGCCCUGAACACCCCCUGGACUGACGUUGCUGUCACCCUACGUUUCUCUUUGUGAACUGCAAUGGAGCUGCCAAAUCCGGACCUGUUGUCUACUACAUGACAACCACACGAUCUCACCAUGGACAAACCAACAAAAAAAUUAAUUAGGCCCGAGUGCGAAUGCACAUUGCACAUCCCUGAAAGAGAAGACUGAAUGGCAGAGUAGGACCAUUGUUUUUAUUGGCAUUUGGCUGCUUUUUCUUGCUGUUACAUUAUGCUUGUAUUGGACACACCACUCUGCAACAGUGUCUAGUUAAGUUCUCUUGCGCAUUUUUUUUUUCUUUGUUCUUGCAGCCAUGAACUUUUGCAUGACUUGAUGAACAGAGUUCUUGCUGUGACAGGAAGUAACUUUCUACGAAAUUUGCUGUGCCUUGGUUUGUGCAACAUAGUUGUCAAGAGUCCGUGUCAAGAGUCCGUGUCUUUUGAUUGCCAGCCACAGCAGGCUAAGGCAAACCUAAAAUGAGCAAGCAGCAUGGUUCCUUGUGACGCAUUCUCUAGUUUUGUAUAAAAAUGAGAAAAUGAGAUGCAGAAGGCAUGAAAGGGAACCCUAGGAGCCUGCGUUGGUGCUGUGAUGAUCCAUAUGCUGUUGUGUGUUGCCCCGUUACUGGUAUGGCAGUCUUUCCCUCCUCAAGCAUGUGAUUGUUCCUCAGCAGCACUGCUGCCUUUCGUAAAUUUGUUGCACAUUCUUGCUCCCCCGUUGGAGACAGUGCACCGCUUUCCUCAGCAGCUCUCUCUCAAAGUGGAACACGCUGUCGGUGCAUUGAGUCAGAUUGUUACCUGUUUGUCGAAUUGCCUUGAAAAAACACAAUACACACGCCACUCCCCGCAUUUUUUAUACAUGUACAUGAAAAAUAAAAGUGAAUGUUCCACAGCCUUCCUUUUUUUUAAUUGCUGCUUAUCUUUUAAAAGUUGUGUAGGGAAUUUUUAGUUUGAUGGCAUCAGAUCUGGGACCCAGCUUAUGGAAUCAUCUUGAUUUUUUUUUCUCACCUGCCAUUAGACGUCAAGCUCAUUGGCCAUAGUUUGUGCAUUACAUCCCUAGUUAUUUUCAGUUCCAUAGAUGUAGAGCAGUGGGGCAUUUUAGGUCCUUUGAUAAUGUAACCAGUGCUAAAUUUCCCCAAAGGGUAGUAGCCGCAGGCUGCAUUAUUUUGUUCAUCUCUGGUGCCAUACCACUAGUUGCAAUGAUUUGUUUGUAGUGUCAUUGGAUUCAUUUCUGAAAAUGAGUUCAUUCAAAGCUCGAACUUCCCUCUUCCUUCUUCUCCCACCACUUCUUCUUUCUCCAGCUUUAACCUUGGCUUGCGAGUUUGUUGAUUGCCACUGGCCUUGUUGAUAGUGACCACUAGCUGGUUUAGCUUGCUUUCUUUAUAUUGGUAUGCUGAUAUGAUGUGAGGCACCAUUAUCAGGCAAUGACAUGACCAUAGUGCUGUGAUGGCAGUGCUACAGAAGAUGCCUUAAUGCCUCGCGCUCUGUGGCACAUGCAUAGUGGCACUAGUCGGAAAGAGCAGAUGUAUUUUGGUCUUUCUUUUUUUUUUUUUUUUUUUUUUUUUCCAGCAGGAGCACUGUGGCCUGGCCUCUUGUAGGUGUUGCAGUGCUUGUGUGUGUAAUGGGACAUGCUUCAAGAAGGAUUCUGUGAAUGUGCCACAUUUUAGGACACACUUAAGUGAUGAUGUUGGCACAACCACAGUGUCUGCAGUCGUUAGCAUUGCAUUGUGCUCCAAAGUGCAAUCGGUUAAAAGUUGUGUGCGUGCACGUGUGCUUGCUUGCAACAUGGUAACAUCCGAAGGAUAUUACACAAGCCAGAGUAUGACGUUCCUUCAUGUUUCCUAUGCCCCUUUCUCCACCCCUCCCCCCAUUUUUCGCUGCCAUCUAAGUACCACACGCAAGGCAGUGAAGUUAGAAUUCGUACAAAGUGUUUGCUAUGUACGUGUGAGAGAGGUUGGUUGUUUGAUAUAGGGGGAGUGAUAUUUUUUGUAAAGUUCUGCAGUACCAAAUUGCCUGUAACUGCUUGUAGCAUAUGUGUGUGUGUGUGUGUGUGUGUGUGUGUGAAUAUUGUGUAUGAAUAUUAAAGAAAUAAAAGUAUAUCACAUUUUUCUAACUUUCA